AAACAGUAGGCCCUAGGCCAAUCAAAGAAGGUGAACUGAAACGACCAAUGAAAGCGCCCUAAACAGGUUCUAUUUUUAGAAUCUGAAUUCGGUGGUGGAUUCAAACUCAGAGACCGAUCUCACUUCCUCCUCUUGAUUGGCGAUUGUCGACUCAGCUGGUUGUCUUCCUGUAAAACGCUAACAAAAUUGUCACAAUGUCGACUGAGAAUGGUACCUCUGCUCAGGCUUCUCGUAUCGGUGCAUACAAAAACAAAGGCCGAGACAUUGAGGAUCUUCGAAGAAGGCGAGCAGAAACAUCAGUGGAACUUAGAAAGCAGAAAAAAGAAGAGACUCUGCUUAAAAGACGGAAUGUUGAAAUACUGGACGAUGAACCAACAAGUCCACUUCAGGAGCAUAACAAGCCUGCCAUAAUGCCUCUCAACGAGAUAGUGACCUCAAUAAAAAGCACAGAUCACUAUGUCGUCUUCAAUGCCACUCAGUCUGUGAGGAAGCUCUUGUCCAAGGAACGGAAUCCUCCUAUUGAUCGCGUCAUAGAGGCUGGCCUUGUUGAGGCACUGGUCAAUUUUCUGUACUCAAAUGACAAGCCUGACCUUCAGUUUGAAGCGGCAUGGGCAUUGACCAACAUUGCCUCAGGGACCUCCAUACAAACCCAGGCAGUGGUGCGGGCUGGUGCCGUCCCACACUUCAUUCGGCUCCUCACUUCCCAAAGCAUGAACUUGGUGGAGCAGUGCAUAUGGGCAUUAGGAAACAUUGCAGGUGAUGGUGCUGAGCUCAGGGACUUGGUAACCUCUAGCGGAAUUGUGGAGCCACUCAUCAGCCUAUUGGACAUGAGUGCACCUCCUGCUUUUCUGCGUAACUUGACGUGGACUUUCUCCAACCUGUGCCGCAACAAAAACCCACCACCCAAAAUGAAAGCCAUCAAGUCUGUGUUGCCAGCCCUGAGCGCCCUCAUUCAGCAUGCAGACAAAGAAGUUCUUGCAGAUGGUUGCUGGGCCUUUUCCUACAUCACAGAUGGUGCCAACAUCCAGAUCCAGGAAAUUGUUGACCGUCCAGGUGUUCUCCAGAGACUCGUUGAGCUGCUGGGUUGUGUUGACGCUGCUGUUGUGACUCCAGCACUGAGGACUGUGGGCAACAUCGUCACUGGGACAGAUGAGCAAACACAGGCUGUGAUCGACACCAACGUGCUGAAGAUGUUGCCUAGUCUCCUGCAGCACCCAAAGGCCAGCAUCAAGAAAGAGGCGUGCUGGAUGUUGUCCAACAUCACAGCAGGCUCUGUGGAGCAGAUUCAGGCCGUCCUCGACCACGAACUCAUGCCCCUGCUUGCCAAUGUCCUUGCCACGGGUGAUUUUAAGAGCCAGAAAGAGGCUGUGUGGGCUGUCACGAACUUGACGUCUGGUGGAAGUGUUGUGCAAAUCUCUAAAGUUGUGGAGAAUGGUGCCCUUCAACCCAUGUGUGAUCUGUUGUGCUGCAAGGACUCCAAAUUGUUGUUGGUUAUUCUUGAUGGAAUUCGAAACAUUCUUGAGGCAGCAGAUAAGUGUGAGCAACUGGAGCCUAUGACUCUAAUGUUGGAAGAAAUUGGAGGACUGGACAAAGUUGAAAUGCUUCAGAAUCAUGAAAACAAGCAGAUCUACACAAAAGCCCAUGGCAUCAUUGAUGAGUUCUUUGCAACUGAGGACGAAGAUUCAGAGCUGGCCCCACAGAGUGAUGCCAACUCUAGCCAGUUCCAGUUCCACACAGAUGUCCAGACUCACAGCGAAUUCAACUUCUAAGUCAUUAUCAUCAAUGUCACUUCACAUUCAUACAUUGCUGCACCAAUUUUCGUUACCAAGAAAGUGCCGUUAUUGUCUGUGGGACCAUACAUGUAAAGCAAGGCAUGAUGUUUAUGUCUUUCAUUAGUUAUAUGUUUCAUUUGACAUGAUGUUCAAAUGAUGAUAAAGUUAGCAAAUUUUUAUGUACAGCGGUCUCUACCUAAGAACCCACUUUUUUGGGGGUAAUUUAAUAAUUUUUUUGUUCUAUGAUUUGCAUGCCUAAGAACCCGUCUCAUAAAAAUUCGCACAAAAACCUGGUUUAAGCUCAUGGCAAUAAGCCUUUGUGAGCUGCUUUACCAUACUUUGCGAAUUAGAGUUAUGGGAAUAGAAAUUCACUCCAGGCGUCUGGUUCUUAAACAUUCACUCAUAUAAGUGAAUGGUUGGCAGGUGUUCUGGUGUGGUUUGCUCCUUCUUUCCUUUGAAAGAUCUGUCAUCCUUAACUCUCUUCUUUUUCUUUGUAUGUUACUCUCCAGUAACACCUCUAAUCUUCUGCACCUAUUUGUAUUUCACGUGCCAUAUAUAACUCUUACUUAAACUGCCUUUGGCAUCAGUAUUGCCUGCAGGUCAUUAUUUCUUCAGAGAACAAACAAGUGAGGCCAAAGGGUAGAAGUUGACUUCUACUCUUUUAAAUUCACCUAAAAAUGAAACUAGCUUUUUCUGUCUACCGAUAAUCGGGUUCUUAGGCGGAGACCACUGUAAUUGCUCAACCUUGAAAAUUGUUCUACUAUUCUACCUUCCAUUUUCAUCGAACAAAGAAUACAGUCUAUAAUUCUC